CUAAUAUUCUCAUCAUUGUGUUGCUCCUGUCCUUUUUCCGAUAUAGGUCUCAAAAAAUGUCAGAGAAAAAGCAAGAGCGGUCUUUGUCAAUUGUCCCUUCGCACAUCGGCCAGAUUACUGAAAGCCAGCAUGAUGCUAUCUUCGGAGAAAUUACGAGAGAGGGCCCGAACUAUCGAAGUGUUGGAUGGCUUGGAACAUGCGCGUUGAUGUUGAAGACCCAAAUUGGCCUCGGCGUCCUCUCGAUUCCUAGCGCUUUCGAUGCCCUAGGUGUAGUCCCAGGUGUUAUAUGCUUAUGUGCCAUUGCUGGCAUCACGUCAUGGUCCAACUACAUUAUAGGUGUCUUUAAGAUUCACCAUCGUGAUGUCUAUGGUAUUGACGAUGUUGGCGGACUGUUACUUGGCCGUCCAGGGAGAAUCUUUUUUGGAGGCGCUUUUAUUUUAUGGUGGACCUUCGUUGCCGGCUCGGGGAUGCUAAGUAUGUCUAUCGGUUUAAAUGCCGUGUCUGAUCAUGCUGUUUGCACCGCAGUCUAUGUUGCCAUUUCCGCAAUUGUAGCAUGCGCCCUUGGUAGCAUCCAGACUUUAGGGCGCAUUUCAAGUCUCGCCUGGGUCGGACUUGGCGGCAUUAUCACGGCUAUUAUGAUAGUUACUAUCGCCGUCGGCAUUCAAGAUCAUCCAGCCGCAGUGCCGGACAACGCCGUUUGGGUCCCCGAUUACAAGAUUGUGGGCAGCCCAUCCUUCAUCGACGCCAUCGUUGCCGUAUCUACCCUAGUGUUUGCGUACGCCGGUACACCGGCGUUCUUCUCCAUUGUAGCAGAGAUGAGGGAGCCCCAAUAUUACAAUCGAGCGCUAUCACUUUGCCAAACUAUUAUGACCUGUUUUUACAUUGCCAUUGGCGUUGUCAUCUACUAUUACUGCGGCUCCUACGUUUCUUCUCCUGCACUCGGCUCCGCCGGACCGGUUGUGAAGAAAGUCAGCUAUGGAUUUGCGCUCCCAGGGUUGUUGGUCAGCACAUUGCUUUUCAUUCACAUCACAGCCAAGUACAUUCUAGUCCACAUCCUGAAAGGCUCUCGGCAUUUGGCAUCCAACACUGUUACGCACUGGGUACUCUGGCUUAGCUGCACCAUAGGCGUCGCAUUGGUUGCUUAUGUCAUUGCUAGUGCUAUCCCUGUUUUCAGUGAUCUUGUGGCGCUUGUUGGUGCUUUACUGGGUACUCCUAUGUGCUUCCAGCCAAUGGGAGGCAUGUGGUUGUAUGAUAAUUGGAAACAUGGCAAUGUUGGGCGAUCACGCAGGUGGACCGCCAUGGUUUGCUGGUGCAUCUUCAUCAUAUUGACUGGGACCUUCUUGAUGAUUGCAGGGACGUACGGGUCUGUUGUGAACAUCAUUGACAGCUACAGAGAGUCUGGGGGUACAGCAGCCUGGUCAUGUGUCGACAAUUCCGCCUCAUGAUAUCAUUCCUGAGAUGCCUAAAACUGAUGUCUUGAUUGAUUAUUAAUGCACACCAAUUCUAAAGAAAGUCGUGCACAUCCGGAAUUCCAGGAGCAUUGCUAACUGUACUAAGCAGGCAAGGACUGGGCCUGGUCUCUUGUCUUAUCCCGCUCACCAAUCCUCGUCCCCAGACCAAAGCCCCAAAUAAUUCGCAUACUAGCAAAGCCAUACCAGGAAAGAACCAAACAUAUCCAUCUGCCUCUAUGGGUAAGUCUUUCCGCGAGCUGCCUCGGACCAGAUGGGAUUUUCUAGGGAACUAGAUUUCUAUAUGUCUUUUGGUGUUGUCAAAGUUGGCCAAGGAUUAUAUAGUCAAUGUACACUCCCUCCUCGAAAUUAGGCUGGAGGAACAGCCAGUAGUUGCCUCCCGCCCGAGAGGGGUUCAACACGGCGCCAUAAUCAGUGGCGUCUUUUGCCACGGUGUAGAGAGACGGCCAGAAGUGUUGGCCUUGCCAUAAGUAUAUCUACGUGAGCUCGGCAAGUGUCUUGCUUGGCCCGGAAGAUGAGCGUAUAUGAUGCCAGUAAUGUUGCGAUGGUUGAUC